AUGACAAGUCGUGAGAGCUCCGUCACGGGCGGCACAAAGACUGAACCUGUCCCCUACAAGCGAAGUCAGCGCCCUUCAUGGUCUUGCACGGAGUGCGCGCGGCGCAAAAUUCGAUGCGAUAAGAAGGUGCCUUGUCAAUCAUGCAUCAAGCGUGGCAAAGCAGAGCACUGCCGGCUCGAGGGUUCAUCGCAUUCAAUAGCCGGGCCGUCAUCCCCGAAGCUCGAGUCACCCGAUCAACAGCUAAGCUACUACAACUCGCCCUUAGAUGCAAGCUCAACGCAGUCUGCAUCUUGUCGACGGUUUUCGACAGUGGUCAGCGAGCAGGGAGAUUCGAGUCAGCUAGCUCAACAAAGUACGGACAUUGUCUUGCGAGGGCUUUCAAGAUUGCAGACGCAGUUGGACCGCAUCGAACAGCGCUUGAACGAGCAUGCAAGCCAAGUCGAGUCUGUGGAAAAUCUCAAAGCCAGGCUGAACGACGUUGAGGAUGUAAUUUCCGUACUCGGCGACAAUCGCGCAAGCUGGGUAAAGUCCGAGGCCGCUUCUACCACCAAUGGGCGCACACCUCUGGAUGGAACUGGAAAGUUGUUGGACAGCGACAGAGUCGACGCGGCUGUUGUCGAAACGCCAGGAUCAGCAACCCAACUAGCACAACAGCGCAACCACAGUCUCCCCGCGAUGCGGCAACAGGGUCGGAACGCCGAAUUGGCAUCGACAGAUGCAGCUACGACUCUAGAGUUUCUUACGCUCGGCAAAGACAGGCGGCGCGAUGUCGACUUUGACGUUAACUCUUCUGAUAGCGAUGUCGAAUCUGGACCUCGAGAAAGCCCUGGAGUUAGUAGCGAUCCGGUACUGGUCUCGAUCGGGGAGAACUGUGCUUCUUCCAGAGUCCGUGACUCUGAGGCGAACGGAUCGGAACAUGGCUCAGACGGCAGAUCGCGCCUGCUCAAACAUCUCCGUCACGGGUUGCCUUCCCGUGUAGUCGCUCGCAUAAACUCUCUGCUACAGUCGCAUCCCGAUGACCUACCACCAGCGAAUCUACUUGCAAGACCAGCUGCCAAGCCGGUGACGGAUGGCAUCAAAGCUGUGAUGCUCUCUCCUUCUGCCAUUCGUCGCAUCGUUGGGGUAGCAAAGGAGAUUGGCGCUUGGCAGCACUGCUGUGUACACUUUCCGACUUUCGAAAGAGAGGUUGAGGCAUUCGUCAGCAUCGCCGUGCCAGAAGAGGGCAACAGCGAGUAUGAAGGAUAUCGGGCGAUCGACCCUGCCUGGCUCUCGCUGUUCUACGUCAUCUGCAGUAUCGCCAUACACCAAAUGUCGGAAGAGGAAGGUGCCUAUUGCGGUCUUGGCUCCGAGACAGAACGCAUGCGUUCUGCCUCAGUCCUUCUGCAUGCAGCCAUGGACUCGCUCUCUUUGGCUGAUUAUCUGGUUAAACCUUCCGUGUACUCCUGCCAAACCAUCGCAAUCCUGUGCGUCGCUGGUCACAACAUUUGUGGAAGCGAUUUGCUCACCUCGCUCCUUGCGAUCGGCAUCAAGACGGCUCAAACGCUCGGUUUACACGCUCUUGGCCGCACGGCCAGAUUUUUAGAGGCGUGUGCAGCUCAACGCGCACAGGUGCUUCAUCGUGCCGGCAUUCAGAGCGAGGAUAUGGGAUCAUGUCGCCUUCCAGACGAAUCACGUAGACAAUUUGCAAUCUGGAAGAAGCGCAUAAUCGAUCUUGAGGUAGGCAAGCGAGUCUGGUGGGCUUUCACACAACAGGAUUAUUUUGCAAUUCCCUUCAGUGGUUGUUUCUCCAUUGUUGAAGGACAGUACGACACACCCUUGCCGCACAACUGCUCGGACGAAGAUCUGGAAGAAGGUCGUCUGAUCAAUCGCGAAGUCAGUGUGCUCACCGUAGCAUCCAAACAGCGCUUCACUUGCCACGUCGCCAAGAUUGUUUGUGACUUUUUCGAAGACCUCAACAAGACGCGCGAUAUGCCUUCCCUGUCACUGGUCAAGCACCACGAGGAUCGUCUCCGCUUUGUGACCAACCGUUUCAAAGCUUGCCUCGAUCCAACGCGGUCAGAAUCUACGAAAGGUAAGCACGCAUCGUUGCCAAGCUUUACCACCGUGCUGCAGCAUUAUCUCUUUAUCUCGGUGCAACACAAGAUCCUUGUAAUGCAUCGUGCUUUCUUAUCUCGAGACGUUUUGGCGAAAGAACGGGCGCUCUCGCACAGUGCAUCUAUCGAAACCGCACGGGGCGUUCUGCACGAGCUUGAGCGCGGGUUGGGUCUCAAUGCUGAAGGUGACGACAGACCGCAAUUAGAUCUGCAAUCGCGAGUCCACGGAGGAGCGCUGUGGACGAUUCCAUACCACUCUGUCGCCGCUGUUACAAUUUUGGCGUUGGACAUGUUCGAGCCAGCCUCAGAUGGAGAACAACGUGCUUUGAGGCGCAAGGAAGUGAAGCGUGCUCUCGAAGCACUCGGCCGCUUCACGCGCAAAAGUGCUAUCGCUCGCAGAGGAUGCCAGCUGCUUUCGGAUCUUCUUGCAGAGGGCGAGCGUUAUGAUCGACAACCUGGGCAGCCGAGAAAACGCAAGAACACAGAUGGAGUCGACUCGGUCCUCAAACGCAUCCGAUUGCCAGAAAAUGGAAGUGAUCCGCCUGCGGCAACCCAGAACAACACCCAGAGUAGCUUUGGCAAGACGCUAUCGACGGUUGAGCGCACCGUAGAUCGAUCGUAUGCAGUCAAUGCUUCGAAUGAUCCUACACUAGAGGCUAGCUGGUUUUCGCAAUUCAACCAUGGCUCUGUUCACUCGGACGUGUCUUCUGCCCUUCUCGAAGGUACUUCGCCAGACGAAGAGCACUUUGGUCUUCUACCAAGCGCAUCGUUCGGAUAUGGCUCGACCAACUUCAACCCGCUUGCAGGCAAUUCGACGUCGCGCUCUAGUCAAAGCGUCUCUUUCCAGCCCGGCGAAACAGCCAACUCGCUGUCGAGCAUGUUCAUGUCGUAUAGCGGUGUGCCCAGCAAUGCGGAAUUGACACCUGCCGCUAUCUCGCCGAACAACAUCAUGCGGAAUGGAAUGAGCGACGCGCGAGUUUCGACAAAGAACGAGCCGUCGUGGAGGAAAGGCGGUUUCGAGGUGACCCAAGGCAACGAGCAAACAAAUGUAGCUCGAGAUUGGUCGACCUUACAGCCAAGCAUGUCAUUGGAUGGCUCGCAGAUCAACAUUCCAGGCAUGAACCUCAACAUGCCGCAGCAACAGCUAGCCCAAAUCCUUCCAGCGCUUGAAUCGAUGCCCGACGUUUGGAAACUGUUCGAUGGCACAUUGGGUCAAAGCUUGGUUGCAUUUGAGGAAAAAGGAUUCUGA